UUUACCAUCCCAUUUUUCGCUCCCUUUUAAACCCUUUCUCUCUCUCUCUCUCUCUCUCUCUCUCUCUCUCUCUCUCUUACUUGGUGGGUAGGUGCUGGUACUCUUUGUUUUCUCUUUCUGUCGUUGCUUUGUUCUGAUACUACUGCCUUGCUCUCCUGUAAGAACUAGCUUAAUUAGCUUCCAUGAAGGGUUCAACUUCAACAGGCACAUCUCAUUGCCCUUAUCUGAAGUCGUUAUCAAACAAAGUAGGAAGCAUGCUUUGUUGUCGUGAUUCAACCAACAAGUAUAGCAGGUUGGAUGCAAAGCUUGAAAAGAAAAUGGUUGAAGUUAAAAGAGCUUCCUUGGGCCGUAGCAAUUUUAAGUCAAUUGACAGCAUAAUCAUGAGGUUCCCUCAGUUCAGGGAGGAACUCAAGAAAAUAAGAGAUGUCUUUGAACAGUAUGAUGAGGACUCAAAUGGAACUAUUGACCUUGAGGAACUCAAGAAAUGCUUACAGAAACUGGAACUCCAUCUGACAGCGGAGGAGAUUGAGGAUCUUUUUCAUUCAUGUGACAUGGAUGGGAGUGAAGGGAUACAAUUCAAUGAAUUCAUUGUUCUUCUAUGCCUCAUCUAUCUAUUAAAGGAACCUUCAUCCUCUCAUAAUACAUCCAAGAUAGAUUCGCCACAGCUUGAAGCAACUUUUGACACCGUAAUUGAAGUAUUCUCAUUUCUGGAUAAAAAUGGUGAUGGGAAACUGAACAAGACAGACAUGGUGAAGGCAUUGAAUGAGGCUUCUCCUUUGGAGAAAUCUCCUGCACAUGUCACCAGGACUCGAUUCAAAGAAAUGGAUUGGAGCAAACGUGGGAAGGUCAGUUUCAGGGAGUUCCUCUUUGCUUUCAUCGAUUGGGUUGGAAUUGACACAAAUGAAGAAAUGUCUCCGGUACGAAGUCCAAGCAAGUGAUGUACAGUUUAGAAAUGGGUGCAGUAGCAGUUGUUCAAAUGAGGUCAGAUUGAUAAAUUUAUAUAUGUAUAUAUUUCUAGAGCAUUUUAAGUUUGUAUAAAACACUUCAGCUGUUCUAUCAUGUUUAAUUAAUGUAUUAUUUUCUUUACUAGUUUGAACCAUCUUGUGAAUCACUAUGAGAACUAAAUGAUGGACAGUAUUU